GAAAACACAAAGGCCAACAACGCCUUCCCUCAUUUCUCUGCAGGGCAUUUCCGUAAUUUCAGUCUUCGCUGUGAAAAAAAAGCUCCUUUUUAAGACGAACGAUACACGAGGAGAAUGAAUAUAUAGAAACGCACGAAACAACAAGUUUUGCGGUUCUACCUGCAAAUUUUCUUCCUCUCAAUCUAUAUUGCUCAGGUGGUGUUCCUGUUCCCCUAAGCACCCGUGAGAUUCAUUUGCAAAAAGCUCAAAAACAAAAAAAAAUCAAUUCCAAUCCUAAGCUUCGUUUUUAUUAUAAUUUCGUUUUUGUUUUCCGUUUUGAUCUUCCAAUGGCGUCCGAAGGCUUCACCGAUAAGAACCUUGUGUUUAGGAAACUCAAGGCGAAGUCCGAAAAUAAGAUGUGUUUCGAUUGCAAUGCGAAGAACCCUACCUGGGCUUCCGUCACGUAUGGGAUCUUCCUCUGCAUCGAUUGCUCCGCCGUUCAUCGUAGUCUCGGCGUGCACAUCAGCUUCGUGAGAAUGGAAAUCAAGGAAGGCAAAUCAAUUUCUGACUUAGAGAAAGAAAUUUUUCACAAAUUCAGAGAUUUUAUGACAGGGAUUACAAAAUUUGAUGAGUUGGGCAUUGCUGGAAGCAGGUUGCUGUCUGGCUUUCAACAAGCACUUGAAUUUAUUGGGAGGCCUCCUAUAGAUAUGAAUUCUAAAUUAGUCAAGAAUAUAAUUGUAGCUAAUGAAACUAAGAGAGUUAAAGCCUAUAUUCAUUCUGGAUGUAUGAAGCUCAAUGAAAGUAUCCAGAGUGUAACAAACUUGCACUCAUGCACACAUGGACUCCAUAACCAUAUAAGCAAAGCUAAGGAAAUACUUAAUGAACUUGAAGGCCUAUUGGAGGAUGUAACAAGUGCUAUUCAGACUAGACAUGGAAAUUUAUUACCCCUCUCUGAUCUGGAUUUUGAUGUUGAGUUGAAUGAACAGGCAACUUAUGAUGAUUUGGAGGAAAAGGAUGCUUUGUCUCAUUCUCAAACUCCUGAUGUCACAGCUACCAGGAAAAAGAAAAGUUCCGAUGUCACACAUUUAGCGAAGGUAAUGGCUUUCAUAUACAGCAUGGUCAAGCAAGACUAUUUGAUGCAGGAAAAGAUCGUGUCUGCUUUAGAUCUCAAGAUGUCAUCAGAAGAACUAGGAAGCUACUGCCAAAUGUGGUCUUUGCGCCCCUUCAUAAACGAUGAGAUUGUUCAUCAAGCCUGGGAACAUAUUCAAUGAACUCUCUCUUUUGUUUCUUAUUACAAAAUCAGUUACCAUUAGGGAUAAAAUUAUAUGCUAUAGAAGCACCAUUGCUUUUCUAGAAUUUUACUUUAUUUUGACAUUGGUAUGCCUCCCCCUCCUAUUUUUUCUGACAAAAAUCAAAUCAAUAAUCAUUUAAUUUCAUGUUAAUUAAAGCGUUCAGCCGUUUUC